AUGAAUCCUGGGAUAAAGAACCAGCAAUGGAAGUUAAAAUCUCUCCACGAGAAUUUAGCAACCAGUCCGCUCCACACUCCCUUCUUUAUUCUGACUGAGACUCAUCUGAAGCCAUACCAUGUUGAAGCAGAGACGUGUAUCCCUGGCUACAGUACCAUCAGAGCUGAUCGAGACAAACGUGCUCAAGGCGGUGUAGCUAUCUUCCUACACCACUCUAUACCUGCUGACACGACAAAAGUGUACUCUAACUCCUAUUGUGAAGUUGCAAUGGUUCACAUCGCUAGCAGUAACUUUCUCCUUGUUGGCGUGUACCGCCCUCCACAGGCACCAUUCGACAAAUUUGAUGACUGUCUGUGUGUGAUCCAAGACUUUAUAGACCACCUCCCUGGCUCUCCUGAACUCUACAUUGCAGGCGACUUUAAUUUGCCGUUUGUAGACUGGUCCAGUAAGUCGAUCAAACCAAACUCCAGCAAAUCGGCUUCCGACACGAACUCGGGACUAGCCUUUAUGGAGUUCAUAUCUUCAAACUUCCUAGAGCAGCUAGUCGACGAACCCACUAGGAAGGACCAAAACAUCCUUGACCUGAUCCUAUCCAACAACACCGACUUAAUCCACGGUUUAUCAGUGUCAAAGACGGAGAAAUCAGACCACGACAUAGUGACCUGUACUCUCCUCCACCCGCAGUUCCUACUUGAGCAACCAGCAAGGAAACAGUACAGUCCUGCCACAGCACUUGAUGACAUCAACUUCAAUGCUGCUGACUGGGCCUUGAUCAACAAGGAACUCACUACUGUAGACUGGUCGACAGUAACCAACCCUUCAACUAGCCAAGAUGCUGCAUGGGAUAUGUUUGAAGGGAUCCUUGUGCAGAUCUGCAAGAAACACGCACCUUCUCAUAGCCACAAUCGUCAAGCCGCAGCAUCUUCAAAAAUCCCAAGGUCAAGGGUGGCUCUCCUUAGAAAGAAAAAGCGCCUUAAUGCCAGGAUCAACUGUAUUAAAUACAGAUUUUGUGGCCCUUCUCCGCCUCGCAAUAAUGUCAAGCUUCGCAAGCUGGAUGAAGAGAGGGCUGCUGUCGAGAUGCUCCUUAAAGCGGACAUUAAACAGCAGCGAGCCAGAGAAGAACUUGUUGCUCUUAGUAAGAUCAAGACUAAUCCUAAGGCGUUUUAUACCUUCGCAAAGAGGUUUAAAACCCCUGCUGCAUCUGUCGGACCCCUAUUGGAUAGUGAUGACAAGCUCCAGUCUGAUCCAGCCACUAUGGGUAAUAUCUUACAGGAUCAAUAUGCGAGUGCUUUCAGUGACCCCAAAAAGGCAAAUCUAGCCGAAGUCCGGACGUCCAAGGUCAUUGAGCAACCUCAUUCUAUCACAGACAUCGACUUUAAUGAGCAAGAUAUCCUCGACGCCAUCAAAGCGAUGAAUCGUUUCUCAGCAGUCGGACCUGACAAGUUCCCAGUCCUAAUCCUCAAGGAAUGUGGAAUUGUCCUAGCUCCUGUGAUAACCAAGCUUUGGAAAGCUUCGCUAAGCUCUGGUGAAAUAGCUACAAAAUUCAAGAACCAGAGUAUUAUCCCCCUUUUAAAAAGGGGAAAAGGUCGAUUGCUGCCAACUAUCGACCGGUAUCUCUAA